GAUCUCGACCGUUUUUCUGAAAUCUCACCUGCCCCUCACGACCCCAUUCCUUUCCUGUCCCUAUACCUCCGUGAUCCACGUGUGCUGGGAAAAAAGGAAGGAAGAAAGAAAGAAAGAAAAAUACAAAUUUCGGGUGAAGGCGAGUUGUUUGUCGGGGCGAGUUGACACAGCGAUAUCUAGAUCGAUCUCUGUGGCCACCGGGAGAGCGAGCGGCCUCCUCUUUUCAAACUUAGACCCGAAAAGAGUGGUUGCUCCCUUGGAAGUCGGGCAAUCUGUGGAGAUAAAGAUCGUGCGAGGAGGAGGACGCCGUCGGUGGGAGAGAAUGGCGGGCGGUGGAUACGAAUAUGGAGAUGAAGGGAGCGAGUGAAAGGGAGAGGGAAGGAGAGGAUGUGACGAGGGGUUGCGCGUGGCGCAGGGUGGAUGUAAAAAAGGGCAUUAAAUUUAAAUUGCUCGUAUCCCUGCGCGCGUCUGACGUGAAACUUUGAGAGGCGGUGUCAUCAAAAAAAAAAGGAAGGGAAGGAAAAUAUGGAAAGACGACGACGACGUUUCGUCGUAAAAAAAAAGAAAAAAAGGCGACCGCGAUAUCCACCUGUCGUCCCAUCUACGAGAGAUUACACCGGUGAUUCGAACGGUUGGAUCGAAAUCACGAUUUUAUUCCGCUUCUCCAACGAUUCUUGUACGCUCCUUAUUUUCUUUUUACUCGAACACCGAGAUACCAUUGCCCCCUAACUCUUUACCGAGGAUUCAUUCGGAAUUCUUCUUCCGGAACUUCCCUCGAGAAUCUUUCCCCGGUUCUAGACACCGAAGGAUUAUUGGGAAUUAGAGGCAAGGGGAUUCGGAUGUUUCUUGUAGAUAUUUUAUCUGAUUUAUUUAUUAAAGAUUUUUAUGUUUUCUCGUGUUCGAAUGAAACGGGGUUCGUUAUUGAGAAAGGAAGAAUUAAGGUAAUUGCUUUUAAACGAUUCGUUCAAUGUUUCGAAGGGAAAUUUUUCACAUCUGGUAAGGAUUUCGCAUUUCGUUGAGUAGAAAUAACGUAAUUUUCUUUUUUUAUCAUGCUCUCUGCUCUCUUUACGAAUUAUUCUUUUCGUUAUUAUCCAGUUCGUUAUCAGUCGAGUCAAUUUUUAUAAUGGAUCGUAGCAGAAAACGUGGCGGUAAACACGAUGUUUAUUCAGGUGACAAAACAUGGCUGUUAAAAUUUUUGAUCGAUCAUCGUGAUUGAUGCCUAUUUUUUAAGCGUUCCUUCCUUAUUAACCUUCCUCUUUUUUCAUUCAAACGUCGAUUAUCGACGUUUGCGUAUUAUUUCAGGAAUUUAUAUUUUUGAAAUUUGAAUAUGAAAUCACAUUCCAGAUACGACACAAGGGAUCCGAAAAUCGAAAUAUCGUAAUUUUCUAGAUAUCCAUUUAUUUAUUUAUUUAUUUUCGUUUAAGGGAGUAAUGUUGAAAAGAUUGGAUCGCGUUAAAAUCCACGAAUUUGGGCGCAGCGCGUGUUGAAACGUCUGCAGGGAAUCUUGAUCGAUGUUUGGUAUGCAGACUAGUUCGAGCAAACAUUAAAAUUUCGUCGAACCGGUCAAAAAUUUGGCCGCUUAGGGCUGUUUGCCUGGCAGAUCAGCAUAAGAAUCUGUCGUUCGUGCAUCCUCCUCUUCACCUUUCCUCCCUCUUCCCCUAUAUUGUAUUCUCUGAAAAGGUGCCUAAAUGCUGAUUCAUAAUUUAUGGGGUUGGCGUAGCCUGUUUGAAUAAUGAUAACCUUUCUAUGAAUCUAGAUUAGUCGUUAAAUUCUGAUUUCUGGAUUUUUUGGGUGGAAAAAUAUUUUGCAUCCCUCUGGUAAAUCGAUUCGUUUCAAAAUUUCCCCCUGGUUUAACUUGUGCCUUUCGGACACAAUCUUGGAGAAUUUUCUCGAAAAAUAAUUUUAUCGCAACGAACUCUGAAAACCGUAACUUUUACUCGCGAGAAAUCUUUAGAAUUCUAACUCUUUCCUCGUUAUUUUCCACGUAAUCACUCGACAACCGAUCGAAUCGAAUCGAAUUAUCGUUACCUUACUUUUCAUCACACACCUCGAAAUGAUAUUCGACCCAAAGAUAUUCUCAAGAAUUUCUGGAAUCGAACGAUAGAGGGGAAAAAUAGAGAGAGAGAGAGAGAGAAAUAGAAAUAAAGGAAAAGAAAAGGGACGAAGACAAAAGGCGCAAGGUGUCUCGAUCGCUUAAUAACCGAUUGGUAAUUGAAUUUGCAACAGUGCGGGGGCCACGAUCCUUUGUGCGGCUUAUGCGCUCUUAUGGCGCGCGACGAUUGCUCGGGCGGAUUGUUCCACGUAAGAGAAUCGUUUAUUGGACAGGGAGCGCAGCAUUUUGUCGAGCGGUGUACGGGUGUACGUGUCUUGUCUCGAUCCGAUCUUCGUCCGGGUCGGGUCAAGUCGUUUGCAUUUACCGCCGGUUCUCUUCCUCCCCUCGGAGUCGCCUUUCUCAUCGGUCAGAAUCGUCAUCUGGAUUCGAGUUAUUCCCUUUCCUAUCUCGUCGUCACUCCGCUCGGUCGGGUAGAACAACCGCUCCGUAUUAAUUACGCUCUCGAAUCAGCCCCGUCGUGUCUCCUCGUCGAUCGAGAUUGCCAGCUUAAAUUGAUUAACGACUCGCGACUGGAUAUACCAACUGGAGAUUGUCUCGGUUCACUCGGGAGUUGAGAAGGAUUGUUGAGUUAGGUGGGAUGCAGUUGAUGUCGUUGUUUCAACGAAUCGAACGGGGAUUUUCAUUUUCUUCGUUUUAUAGAAAUAGGGAAGGGAGGAUUAUAAUUGAUUACGAUAAUUGAUUUGCAAAUUUCUGUCGCUCUUGAUUUGAUUUGAUAAGUUUCUUCGUGUGGUGAUAAAAUAUGGAAAUUACGAAAAGAAGUAAAUGCGGAAACUUUUUUAAAUUAUAUGCUAUUUAGUUACGACGUUUCGUUUUUUUUUCGAAAAAACUUAAAACUUUUAACAUUUAUCGAUUUCAAUUGUUUAUCGAUUGUCGUAAAACAGUUUGCGUCGCAUCUGUGAAAUUUGCUUAAUUGCCAGAGGAAGCUCUUGUAUUUAGAUCUAAAAAUAUAUCGUUAGGAAUAUUAAUACGAAUGAAAAAAUACUCGAUAUUUUGAAAUUUAUAACAUAGUGUGGCUGAAUAAUUAAAAGAAUUCAAAUAAAAUGUAUCUUUUUUUUUUAAAUUUCAAAAUCGUUAUAUAAAUAUUCAUAAAAAUUACAUAAUUAUUUAUAACGAGCAACUAUAUUCAAUAUUUCCUUUUUUCUUCUAAACAGGAAGCUGCAAACAUUUGAAAAAUACGUAAUAAAAAAUUUAAUUUACCGGUUGCGUAAUUUUAUGUAACUGGCGCACAAUAGAAUCCUACAGACAGCCAAAAGGAUCGUUCGUAAUUUUGUAACUGCGAGAUUAAUUUCAGCUUAAAAACGCGAAACGUGAAAAAUUUUCCAACGAUAGUUCUAUUCCUACUUCUUUAUUUUUAUUAAUUGAUUAGAAUCAAUCAAUUAUGAUCGACCAUUGAUAUUAAGUUGAUAUUAAUUUAACUCGAUUAUUUUAAAAAAGAAUUUUUAAUAAUUAUCACUUUUCGCCUAUCGAAUUCGAAAUAGGCUUUCCAUUUCGGUACGAAUAAUAAAAACAAGAAAGAAGGAAAAUAGCAAAAAGGGGGGAAACGUGAAAAAUAUUCGCAGCGAAUACGGAUUUAUACGAACGAUUCGAAACCGUCGCUCGAAACCGAUGAGUUAUUCUACACGGGCCGGUGCGUGUGGUGGGGAGAGCGCGCGGAGUGGGGGUAAAGCCACCCUGCGCGGCGUCACCGCGUCAGUGAGCAGCGAGCUCUCGUCGCGUGAACAUUGUCUUGUUACGGGUCUCUCGAAAACAGUCGUGCCACGUGCUUCUUCGUGCCGCGUUACUUUCACCCGACCGGUUCGCGUGAUACUAUUACCUCGUUACGAUUUUAUAUUUCGCCGAAUAUUGUGAACAAGUGCAUCGAUGCGUCGUUCAACUCGCGUGCUCGCGUGAUCGUCCAAAAAACUGGAUCGAAGCUUGUUGAAAUUCAAAUAGAGGGAAAUUACAUCGAAUCACCGUUGCCUGUACACUUUCUUCCUUUUCUUCGUCGUCGAAAAUUCGGUGAAGAAGCACGAGAGAGGACACGGAAUACGGAAGAUCUGGAGGCCUUCGAACAAUCUACGUGACCGGCCACGUGACUGGUGCGCGAACAGAUGGAAACGAAGGGGGAGAGAAAAAGUAAUUGCAAAGUGGCGAUGAUUCCCUACUAACAGAGUGUGGAGAAUUAACCGAGUUGUUGAAGUGAGAGCCGCAUUAACGUGUUAUUAACGUCAUGUAACCGACAUCGCGAAACUAAGAAUCAUGGAGAAGUUGUGCAGACCUGCCCGGAGUAAUCCUCGACCCACCAAGGAGCGCGGCGCCGUGCAAUCGAAGGGCUGACGAAGGCGCGUCCAGACUCUUCUCGGCUUCCAGACGCAAGAUCGGAGAGGAUCUUGAUCGAGGAUAAAAAUCGAACGGCGAGCUCGUUACACUUGGCGGACGUUGAUCGAGUCUAUUCCCCGCGCGAAAUUCCAAGCUUGCCCUCGCGUCUCGCGCUCGAGGGGGAACUCUGGACGAGAGGAGAUGUCACGGAAGCGGUUCCACGGAGGAGACGACGCGUUCAAACCGCCAGACAUUGGAAGAUAGCGAAGGGUGGAGGUCGCGGGGAGGCGUCGGUUCCUCGACGAGACGAGGCGGCGAAGAUCGGCGAUUCAGGGUCUCGAGGAGGCCUGGACCCGAGUUGGUGAUCGAGGAGGGGGGCGGGGUUAAGUCGCGGAGGAGCGAUUCCUUUUUGAGAAGAUUGGUGAAAAGCUCGAGGGACAAUAUCGCGGAGGGGUGCGAGAGAUUGGCGAGGAAUAUUCAGAGGAGUCCUCUGCCCGUGCUGCGGAGGAAAUUGUUGUCGUCGAGCGUCGACGAGGAGAGGCCGACGCCGCCUCUGAGGAGGAAAAAGUCGAGGAGGGAGAUCGGCCGAGUUUCGAGCGAUCGCCCUCUGCCACCCGUCCGUCCCGCGCUGCGCGAGGCGAGCACCGACUCGAAGAGACCGAGGGAGAUCGGGGGCGGACGCGUCCCCCCGAACGAUUUCGUGGGCAUCAGGAGGAAGAGCGAGGACUCGUCGAGGAGCGUCUCGGCGGAGGACGUGGAGGAUCUGAUCCGGGCCGAGGACAAUCGGAGGUUGGUGGAGCGACGAUCUUCCGGCCCUGGACGGGGAAGGUCGCGGAGCGAGGAGAGUUUGGCGCGGCGGGUCGGGCCGUCGAGCGUCCGUGGAGAGUCGCAGGUCGGCCGUUCGGCCAUCGUCUGGCGUCGAAACGCGUCCGCGGGGUCGGCGGAGCGGAGGAGCUCGAAGGCGAAACGCUCGCCGCCGCCCGACGACUGGCAGGUCGGCGAUCGGGGGUGUCGGGGGCUGGAGUCGAGGCGCGAUAACGAGCGGUGGAACGGGUCGGACGAUAAAGCGGAGGCAAGGAAGUCGCGGAUACGAGGCGGCGGCGAGGUGGACGCGCGGCUGUCGGCGGCGGCCGCGUGGCUGGUAAAAUGCAAAGUUGCGAAUUCGGCGGAGAACGGUGGGGACGAGGAGGAGGACGACGACGACGAGGACGAGGAGGAGACGCGAGGAAGUGAAGAGAACGGUCCGCGGCGAGGAAGCGAGGUAGCAGUCGGCGACGACGGCCCGGUGGACGACGAAGGGGACUCGUCGAUCGUUGCAGCGAGCGCCUCGCGAUCUCCUGUCCGCUCGCGCGUCGUGCUGUGCCCUUCCAUCCCGGGGAGGAUAGAUCCCGCGACGGGGGACGAUGCGCGUGUGGUGGUCGGUGGCACGGAUCUCGUGACGAUCCGCGUUGUGAAAAACGAGGAUGCUCGGUUGAAGGGGGGCGGCGGUGGUGGUGGUGGUGGUGGUGGUGGUGGUGGCGCGUCGUCGAACGAGGGGAGAGAUAAUAAGAGGGGGGCGAGGAGGAGGGUGGGCGAGUCGGGCGAAGAAGAGUGGAAGGAAGAUCGGAAGAUGAAGUUGGCGGUGAGAAUGAUCAGGAUCCGCGACAAACUGAUGCUCGGUUUGAGCGCGUUCGCGAUACUGUUCACCGUACUGUUGGUGAUGGAUCUCCAGAUGGAUCUUGGAUACAGCGGCCACCAUUUGGUACCGAGCCACGGCCGCGUCCGCGUCGGGGACGACCCGAACACGGACACCAUUUACAACAACUUUCGACGCAAGUUUUUGCAAAGAUUGAACGCCAGCAGGGAGCAAACGAGCGGCGACACGUCCGCCACGACCCAGACCAAUGGCGGGAGGGAGGGCGGUGGUAACGAGGGGGGGAGGAGGGACUCGAGGACCGAGAAAACCGAGGUGCACGACAGUUUUCCAGAUUUAGCGGACCUCGUGGUGAAGGGUUACGGCGUUAGCGUGUACGAGGGUGUGGCUAGGAUCAGCGGGGAGGAUCGCUCGGACAAUCCCACGCUCGGAGAGUUGAAGAAGAUCGGCCCAAAGAAGAACAGUUCGACGUUGGAGAGAUUCCAUCUGCAAAUCUCGAGGAUAGAACUGUACCCGGAGAGGUCGAAGUACGUGGACCAAUUGUUGCACGAAAUCGCGACGAGGCCUAUAGUUCACGUCGUUCAAAAAGAGGGCGGUACCCAGCUGAAGCUGCAGAUAAAUUAUUCCAACAUGCAGGCGCUGUUCAAACCCAUGAGGUUUCCAAGGGAACAACAAACUCUGCCCAAUCACUUCUACUUCACCGAUUUCGAGAGGCACACGGCCGAGAUCGCCGCGUUCCACUUGGACAGGCUGCUUGGAUUCAGGAGGGCGAUGCCAGUUACAGGGCGAACGUUGAACCUAACGACGGAGAUUUAUCAGAUCGCCGACGGCGAACUGCUGAAGACGUUCUUCGUCAGCCCGGCCGGUAAUAUCUGCUUCCACGGCAAGUGCAGUUAUUACUGCGAUACGGCGCACGCGAUUUGCGGAAAUCCGGACACCCUUGAAGGCAGUUUCGCCGCUUUCUUGCCGGAUAAAUCUUUCGUCGCGAGGAAGGCAUGGAGACACCCCUGGCGGAGGAGUUAUCACAAGAGGAAGAAGGCCCAGUGGGAGCAUGAUUCGGAUUACUGUUCCCUCGUGAAAGAGAUCCCACCCUAUCACGAGGGUAGAAGGUUGCUGGAUCUAAUGGACAUGGCUGUCUUAGACUUCCUCAUGGGGAACAUGGAUAGACACCAUUACGAGACGUUCAAGAUUUUCGGCAACAACACGUUUCCCCUGCACUUGGAUCACGGAAGAGGAUUUGGCAGACCCUUCCACGACGAGAUCUCCAUCCUGGCCCCCAUCUUACAGUGUUGCAUGAUCAGGCAAACGACUCUAAGCACCCUUCUAAAAUUUCACAACGGACCAGUCCCUCUGAGCGAGGCAUUGCGAAAAAGCAUGGCCAAGGACCCAGUGGCCCCCGUUCUGUGGGAACCCCAUCUGACGGCCCUCGACAGGAGGGUGCGCGUGAUCCUUCAAGCGAUCAGAGACUGUGUGAAUCGAGAGGAUUCGAGUCAAAUCGUCCACGAGAAAACGGAGGAUACCGGAUCCUAGCCGUUUCUUUCGAUUGUAUCGUUAGUGUGAAUUAGAGAUUCUGAUGAAACGUUGACGAAACGAGGGGAAGAAGAAGAAGAAGAAGAAGUGAGACUUUUAACUGGUGAUGAUGGAUCGAUGUAGAUUUAUUGUAAAAAAAAAAAAAACGUGUAAAAAUAUGCGUGUAUAAAAUAAUGUUGAGCGAACAGAUAACAGGGACAAAGAUAAGAGAUAUAUAUAUAUUUUAUCGAGGAUACUUUCUUUUUAAGAUUUCUUUUUUUUUCGAAUAUUGUUAAUCGUUGUUUAUAUAUUAUAUAUAUAUCAAGUCUAUUUUAUUCUUUCUCUGUUUUUUUUUCUCUUUUUUGUUUUUAUCGUAAAGAAAAUCUGUUGUUGUACAAAGAGAUUGUACAUAGUGUAUGUAUCGUAAUUAAGGGAAGAAUUUUAAGAUCAAAAUCAUUUGGAACGCCUGCUUUCCAUGUAUAUAUAUAUAUGUAAAAGAUAUAAAAUCGAUAGAGUCGCUUUUCAGGGCUGGAUAUAUUUACGAUAACUGCGUUUCAUCGUCGAAAAUAACGAGUGUAAUGUUAUCCGAUCGAGCGUUUCCAGAGUUCAUCAACCCGAUGAAACCUCGUCGAAAUGUCGCGCGGCGAUCUAUCGGCUCGCACGUUUAUCGUUUAUCAUCUUUAAAGGGGAUGAAGGCGAUUUUCCGAGUUCCUCGAGAUAACACAACGCACUUAUCGCAUUAUCGACGAUCUAGCGUCAGAUUCUUUUUUUACCCGGAAGAAUCCAAUUUCCACCCCGUGGAAUUAUUAUACGUAACAGCGUGCGAGAUGGAAUGUAAAUCCAUGUGAAAAAGGCUAUGCGUGUGCGUGUCUUUUUUAAUGUGUGCUUUUUCGUACGCGCGAAUGUUUUCGAAAUGCACAUGUAACUCGUAAGUGUUCUUUUUUUUUUCUUUGGAGAAGGGAAGGGGAGAGGGAGAAGGGAAGGAGGCAAAAGAAAAGAAAUUCUGUUGAGCAAGU